CAGAGGUUUAAGCUGUGGAGAUGGAGGAGAGAAUCACAUCAACUGUGAGAGUCGCCCACAUUCCCCAAACCGCCAUAGCCCGAGACCUUCUCGCUUCCCUCGAGUCGGUCGUAGGUCAAGAUUCUGUCUUCGCUGUAGAAAUCUUCACGGAGCGCAAGAACUGGAAAUCCAGAGGCCACGGCCGAGUCCAGUUCGAGUCCCUCAAAGAAAAGCAGCUCGCUCUAUCCCUCUCGAGCCAAUGCCGUUUCUCUUUUAAAGGCUCCCGCCUCUCUAUUACCCACUCCCAUGAUGACAUCAUCUUCCGGCCAGUCAAUCCCGAUAACAGGUUCCGGAAUGGGGUCCUGUAUGCUGGGUUCAUGGCCACGAGUGACGCCAUGUGGUUCAUGGAGUCCUGGAAGAAUGUCAUGACUUGGGUUAUGCCCGAAAGAAGGAGCAUUGAGUUCUGGCUGAAUAGCCACAGUGGUGAGUGUUACAAGCUUGAAGUCCAGUUUGGGGAUGUUGUGGAGACGUGUAGGUGCUCUCUUGGAAGUGGGAAUCGUAAUGUCGUUCUUUUCAAGCUUAAAUUUGCUCCGAGGAUAUAUCGAAAAGUCUCUGGAAGUGAUGUUGCAUCCAAAUUCUCCACUGAUAGGUACCAUAUCUGCAAAGAAGAUUUUGACUUUCUAUGGGUUCGUGCAACUGAUUUUUCAGAUGUGAAGUCCAUUGGAUAUUCAUCAUCUCUUUGUUGGGAAAUUGCCGAGGGAUUAUCAGACUCUGAUUUAUUUUCCAUAUUACCGUAUUAUAAUAAAGAUAAGGAUGUGAUGGAUCUGUAUCUUGAAAAAAGAGAACUUUCUUCCGAAGCUGCUCUUGUUCCCCUUGUGAAGUCCCCACCCGAUUAUACACUGGCAUAUGAAAUACUUUUUCAGCUCAACUCACUUGUACAUACUCAAAAAAUCAGUCUUGCUGCAGUUGAUGCUGAUCUUGUUGAGUUUCUUAGCGACUUGCAUUUUGACACUGCUAUGGGCGAAUUAGUAAACAUGCAUAAUUUGCAAACUACUUGUUACGAACCAAAGACAUUUAUAAGAAAUCGGUUGCACGCUUUAGGAAGAAGUUGUGCAAACAUUCUUUCGUCCACUCCCAAGAAGCCCGGGAAUCAGAAUAUGAUGAGUGUCCAUAGAGCCUAUGUUACCCCUUCAAAAAUUUAUUGCUUGGGUCCUGAGCUUGAAACCUCCAAUUACAUUGUCAAAAAUUUUGCUGCUUAUGCUUCAGAUUUCCUUAGGGUGACUUUUGUAGAAGAAGAUUGGGGUAGGCUUUCUGCUAAUGCUGUUUCGACAAGUAUUUCACGCGGCAUCUACUCAAAACCCUAUAGAACUGACAUCUAUGAUCGCGUAUUGUCUGUUCUCCGAGAUGGGAUCACCAUUGGAGCUAAACAUUUUGUUUUUCUUGCUUUCUCGGCUAGUCAGCUACGUUCAAAUUCUGUUUGGAUGUUUGCUUCUAAUGAGCAUGUCAAAGCAGAGCAUAUUAGAGAUUGGAUGGGGUGCUUCAACAAGAUUCGCAGUGUUUCAAAAUGUGCUGCAAGGAUGGGACAGUUGUUCAGCACCUCAUUACAAACAAUGGAGGUUCAUCCACAGCAUGUUGAGGUCAUUCCUGAUAUAGAAGUUACGUGUGAUGGUGUUGAAUAUUGCUUCUCGGAUGGCAUUGGCAAGAUAUCUGAAGAUUUUGCCAUGCAAGUUGCUCAGAGUUGUGGGUUGAAUCAUAUUCCAUCAGCAUUUCAAAUACGUUAUGGGGGCUAUAAGGGUGUAUUAGCCGUUGACAGAAAUUCUUUCUGCAAGUUGUCUCUACGCAGUAGUAUGCUCAAAUUUGAAUCAAAGAAUAUUAUGCUUAAUAUAACCAAGUGGAGUGAUGCUAUGUCUUGCUACUUAAACCGUGAGAUUGUUAUCCUUUUAUCUACCUUGGGGAUAGAGGAUAGAGUGUUUGAGGAAAUGCAAGAGGCACAUAUGAGUCUAUUGGGUAACAUGCUGACAGAUAGACAAGCAGCACUGGAUGUCUUGGAGAGCAUGGGCGGGGGCGAAAUAAAGAGAAUCUUGGUGAAGAUGCUACUUCAAGGUCUUAAGCCUAAUGUUGAGCCUUAUCUCUCAAUGAUGCUCCAAUCACAUUUUGAAAAUCAGCUCUCUGACUUGAAAACCAGGUGCCGAAUAUCAGUACCCAAGGGUCGAAUUGUGGUAGGGUGCUUAGAUGAAACAGGGAUUUUGAACUAUGGUCAGGUUUAUGCUCGAUUAACCUUGAACAACACAGAACUUCAAUGUGGUGAACAGAGUUUCUUUCAUAAGGUGGAUGAUACAACUGCAAUAGUGAAAGGCAGGGUAGUUGUAACAAAAAACCCUUGUCUUCAUCCUGGAGAUGUCAGGGUACUUGAGGCUGUAUGUGAGGUGGCAUUAAAGGAGAGGGGCCUUGUGGACUGCAUCAUUUUCCCUCAAAACGGAGAAAGGCCUCAUCCAAAUGAAUGCUCUGGUGGCGAUCUGGAUGGGGAUUUAUAUUUCAUAAGCUGGGACCAAAACCUCGUUCCGAAUCAAACUGUGAAGCCGAUGGACUACACUGGACGAAGCCCUCGAAUAAUGGAUCAUGAUGUAACCAUGGAGGAAAUACAGAGAUUCUUUGUUGAUUACCUGAUCAAUGAUACACUGGGUGCCAUUUCCACAGCACAUCUUGUACAUGCAGACCGUGAACCACUAAAAGCUCUCAGUCCAAAGUGUUUACAGUUAGCAACCCUUCACUCCAUGGCUGUCGAUUUUGCAAAAACAGGAGCUCCAGCUGAGAUGCCCAUGUAUUUGAAACCAAGGGAGUUCCCGGAUUUCCUGGAGAGAUGGGAAAAACCAAUGUACAUAUCUGAGAACGUACUGGGAAAACUUUAUCGUGCUAUCAAGAAGGCAACCUUUAGUGGGAGCUCGACCAAUCAUACAACGCCAACUGCUAUUCAAAAUGCUUAUGAUCACGAUCUCAUUGUGGAUGGCUAUGAAUCUUUUCUCGCAACCGCUGAAACUCACAAGCAAAUGUAUUUGGAUAAAAUGGUAAGCUUAAUGAAUUAUUAUGAAGCAGGGAGUGAAGUCGAGAUACUGACUGGGAAUAUAAGGAACAAAUCAACUUAUUUGCUUCGGGACAACAGGAGAUUUUUCGAACUAAAGGAUCGAAUCUUGGGUUCUGCCAAGAGCCUACACAAGGAGGCUAAAGUGUGGUUUCAGAGUAGCUGCCAGGGCAGUGAAUGUCAGAAACUGGCUUCAGCUUGGUAUUUUGUGACAUAUCACCCUAACUAUUGUGCAACAAGUGCUAAUUGUCUAGGUUUUCCCUGGAUUGUAGGUGAAGUUUUGCUUGAAAUUAAGUCAUUGAGGCGCUGAAUGAAAGCUUUUCUUGUAUGAUAUCUAUCUAUCAGGUGUAGAACUUCAUCACUAGGAAUAAAUGAUUGCAACCUUCUGUAUAUGAUGUUUAAAACAAAUAUGCAGUGUGUCUACUUUAAAUCCCUUUUGAUAUUACUUGUUCAGUUUUGCCAUGACUUAUAUGCCAUGGGGUUUUUAGCGGCUGUGAUGCAGAGGCUUCAGGCUAAAUGGUUGAUCAUUUACUGAUAAAGGUUUCACUAAGC